AUGGAGUCUAUCAAACCUAUGCACGACAAGUCGGUGGAGGAGAUGAACGAGAAGCGUGUGUAUGAGGUGCAAGAAGGUGAGGCGCCGUCGGUGGUUGAAAACGUCGACUCCCUCAAGCGGCGCUUGACGAAUCGGCAAAUGCAGCUCAUCGCAAUUGGUGGCUCGAUCGGGACCGCGCUCUUCGUCAGUAUCGGAUAUGGACUCAUUGAAGGCGGUCCCGGUAGCCUGUUCAUCGCUUUCACCCUAUAUUCGUGUAUGCUCGGCCUCGUCAACAGCUGCAUGGCCGAGAUGGCGGUCUUUAUGCCGGUCAGCGGCUCCUUCAUUCGCAUGGGAUCCAAGUGGGUGGACGAGGCAUUCGGCUUCAUGGUGGGCUGGAACUUUUUCCUCUACGAGGCUGUCCUGAUACCCUGGGAAAUCUCGGCGCUCAACCUCGUCCUGACUUUCUGGUCCGACAACAUCCCCAAGGUUGCCAUUUGCCUGGCGUGUAUCGUUCUCUAUGGAUUGAUCAAUCUCUUUGCGGUCAAGUGGUACGGCGAGUCCGAGUUUUGGCUCUCAGGCGGCAAAGUCAUUCUGGUUAUGAUCGUAUUUGCCUUUACCUUUAUCACUAUGGUCGGAGGCAACCCCCAGCACGACGCAUACGGUUUCCGGUACUGGAACAAUCCUGGGGCCUUCGCAGAAUAUGUCACCACCGGCGCUCUCGGUCGCUUCGAGGGCUUCCUGGGCGCGCUCUUCAUGGCUGCCUUCACCAUCGUCGGACCAGAGUACGUGGCUAUGGUCAGCGGCGAGGCCAUGUAUCCCCGCAAGCACCUGAAACAGGCCUUCAAGACCGUGUACUGGCGGUUCGGCAUCUUCUUCAUCGUCGGCGCUCUGUGCGUCGGCAUCGUGGUCCCCUACAACGACCCGACGCUGAACAGCGUUCUGAACGGAGGCUCUGCCAGCACAGCCGGAGCGUCCGCCUAUGUCAUUGCCAUGCAGAACAUGGGCAUCACCGUACUCCCGGACUUGACGAACGCGCUUCUCGUGACCAGCAUCUUCUCGGCCGGAAACACUUACGUGUACUGCGCGUCCAGGACGCUCUACGGGCUCUCGUUGGACGGCCACGCUCCGAGAUUCCUGCAAAAAUGCACAAAGGCCGGAGUGCCCAUUUACUGCUUCUGCAUCACUAUGUUCUUCCCGCUCUUGUCCCUGCUCACGCUAGGGACCAGCAGUACGCAAGUCAUCACCUGGCUGACUAACCUGACCGAGGCAUCCCAAAUCAUCGACUUUAUCGUCAUGUGCAUCAUCUACCUCUUCUUCUACCGCGCGCUCAAGGUCCAAGGCUACGACCGCAACAACCUGCCCUACAAGGGCUGGGGCCAGCCCUACGUCGCAUGGGUUGCCCUGAUCUUCAUGAUCUGCAUCGUCGGCACGUACGGCUACACCACAUUCCUGCCGGGAUGGUGGGACGUCGGCACCUUCUUCUCCUACUACACCAUGUGCUUCGUCUGUCCACUGCUGUACCUGAGCUUCAAGGUCAUCAAGAAGACGAAGAUCGUCAAAGCCCACGAGGCGGACUUGGUCUGGGAGAGGCCCGUGAUCGACGCAUAUGAGGCCACCUUCGUCGACAAGCCGCUGGGAUUCUGGCAGGAGCUGAGGCGGCAUCUUCCGAAGAAGCUGGGAGGGAAGAAGGACGUGUAG